UUAUUUGCAAUCGCUCUCUUUAAACUUGGCCGCAAACUCAUUCUGAUAAUUUAAUUACACUCAAUUAACUCGAAGAGUUAAUUAACUAAACUUAUUAAUAUAAAUAUAUGUAUAUAUUUAUUUAUUGUGAAAAAAGUGUCUUCCAUUAAAUCCGGACUCUAUUGUCUUAAACAAGAAUAUGUGUAUUAGCUUGGAGUAUCGGAUAUCGAUAAUGUGACCAGGCUUUUAUAAAUUUUCUUUUCAUCUUCAUGACGUGGAUUGCCUAUCAUCUACAGUGAGAUAAAUCACGUACGCGCAUACUUUACAAGCAACGAUACACGUUGCUGCUGCUCCGGUUACUAUUGUUGUUGUUAUUAAUCUUCCCCUCAUAUAUUUUUUCCUGCGCUCGAUGUACUGAAAUAAAAAUCGUAAAAAAAUAUAUUAAAACCCAUCAGGCUUGAAUGUUAAAUUGAAAAAUAAUAAUAGUGAAUAUCUACUCCAUUAUAUUUUAUAUUUUAUCAUCAAUGAUUUUACCGAGUACUUUUUUUACUCCGUAUUCAUCAGCGUUAAAAGCAAUAUGACUUAGUGAGGUAAAAAUAAAAUAAAAAAAUUGGUAUAGCGAAAGAUAUUUUAUCAGUGAGUGAUAUUUUAAAAGUAAAAAAAAAAACCAUAUCGAGGAGAGAGAGUCGAGGUGUGGUCCGGCACGCUGUCCAUUACUACUGAAUCACUAAUAUAAGACCCUGUACGUUAAAUCACCUAGAGAUCUUGAUGAACUUGAUGGACCAUUAAUCAUGGCUACCAAUUUAUGACAAAUCCAGCAGCAUCUAACUGCGCAAGGUGAGCGACGGUGAGAGCUGAUACACUAGUUACCCUAACAACCAGCCGACAAAAUACCCUAUUUGUUGUACUAAUAAAGCCGGAGAAAAGUAUCCAAGGAAAUAUAUAAAUAUCGUGAAAUAUAUAAAUAUAUAUUGUGGAAACAAAGUGGCUAGGAGCGUCAGUCCGUUAGUCCACCAGGUGUGCUCCAGGUUGGAGUCACAGGUGUCGGAAGAGACACUUGUAUCGAGGCGCAUGCCUUACCUCGGGCCUGAAAUGACAACCCGGCUGUCCGCCAUGUUUUACACGGUCGAGGUCGGGGACACCAAGUUUACUAUCCUCAAGCGAUACCAAAAUCUCAAGCCCAUUGGCUCUGGGGCUCAAGGCAUUGUUUGUGCCGCCUACGACACGGUCACGCAGCAAAAUGUUGCUAUUAAGAAGCUGUCAAGGCCCUUUCAGAACGUGACACACGCCAAGAGAGCAUACAGGGAAUUUAAACUUAUGAAACUUGUCAACCAUAAAAAUAUUAUUGGUCUCUUGAAUGCAUUCACACCGCAACGAUCUUUGGACGAAUUUCAAGACGUUUACUUGGUAAUGGAGCUGAUGGACGCAAAUCUGUGCCAAGUAAUUCAAAUGGAUCUGGACCAUGAGCGUAUGUCCUAUCUCCUUUAUCAGAUGCUCUGUGGCAUUAAGCAUCUCCAUUCAGCCGGUAUUAUUCACAGAGAUUUAAAGCCAAGCAAUAUAGUCGUUAAAUCAGACUGUACCCUCAAGAUUCUCGAUUUCGGUCUCGCGCGAACUGCUGGCACGACGUUCAUGAUGACACCGUACGUUGUCACGCGGUACUACCGAGCACCUGAGGUCAUUCUGGGCAUGGGUUACAAGGAAAACGUGGAUAUAUGGUCAGUCGGCUGUAUAAUGGGUGAAAUGAUUCGCGGCGGAGUUCUUUUCCCCGGCACAGACCACAUUGACCAGUGGAACAAAAUAAUUGAGCAACUUGGUACGCCAGCACAGGAAUUUAUGCAGCGAUUGCAACCAACGGUGAGAAAUUACGUAGAGAACAGGCCUCGAUACCCGGGCUAUCCUUUCGAGAGGCUAUUCCCGGAUAUUCUGUUUCCCACGGACUCUUCGGAACACAAUAGACUGAAGGCGAGUCAAGCCAGGGACCUGCUCUCGCGCAUGCUAGUCAUCGAUCCUGAACGUCGCAUCUCGGUCGAUGACGCUUUAUUGCACAAUUACAUCAACGUCUGGUACGACGAGGGUGAGGUCAACGCUCCUGCACCAGGUCCUUACGACCACAGUGUCGAUGAACGGGAGCACACAGUCGAUCAGUGGAAAGAGCUGAUUUAUCAGGAAGUUAUGGAGUACGAGACAAGUCAUAAUCCAGCGGCGACCGCCCAGUCCUCCGUGGAUCCUGUCGCCGGUUCGCGGUAGACGUGUCGGGACAACGAACGUUUCAUUUAAAUAAAUAAAUAAAUUUAUUAAUUAUCUUUACAUGAAACGUUGUCGCCAUCACCGCAACUUCUACUACUACUACAUACUACCACUAAUUAUUAUUAUUAAAUAUAAAUUUUUACAUUCAACUAUUCCGCCCGCUCGAUUAAAACAAAUCACACGACUCGUCUUCACUUUCUUCUCAUCAGCGUCCUAAUGCAUCUUCACUUUAUUACUAAACCACGAGUCGGUUUAAAUCUACUGUGACCUCCACUGUAAUUAUUUUAUUUUUUUAAACAGUAGUGCACUUGUCGGACGUUGAUUAUAAAAAAAAUACCGCGAGUGUAUAAGACACAGAAGAUAAAUAAUUAGGAGAAGAAUGAUUGCAAGUUUAUCCAAGUGAUUGUUUGGAUUGUUGGGAGUAAGAAGGUGAUUAAUCAAGCGAGUCGAUUUAAGACUUAGACGUUUAGUUGAUAAUAAUGUUUUUUGAGCCCUUUACUUGUAUAUCACUGGCUAUUAUAUAUAAAUAUAAAUACAAAUAAAAAAACAAAAUAACAAAAAAAAGUAAUAUAAUAAUAAUAAAGUAAUAAUGGGCGCAAAAAGUGUAUGGACGUUUUAAUUAUAGUGUUUUGUGCUUAAGUGAUAAAUUUUAUUUUAAAAUAAUUUAUUCCAACUGCCCUGACAAUUAAAAGUGGCUUUAAAGUGUACAGUGACGUAGUCGCUACUGAGUUUUUAAUUCCCAGGAAUUUAUUUAUUAAUUUUUUUUUAUUUUAUUCCUCAGUUAUUUUUUUUAUUUUACCCGUUGUACAUUUUACUGUCAGAGUAUUGAGCUGGUAUGCGUUGGUAUGAAUAAUUUUAUUUAUUACUAUUAAUUUUACGAAAAUUAAUAUUAAUAAUAAAAUAAAUUUGAGCGCGAGCGUUACUAAGAAUGCGUACGUAAUUUAAAAAUUAACAAAAAUCUCGUGUAAUAUUAAUUAACUUUGUUAUUUUACCACGAUAAAAUAUAUUGCUACAGUCCGAUCCAAAUAAUCAAGCUUUUGUAAUACUAAUUAUAAUUAUUUAAAUUAAGAUAAUUGCUAAUUGCUAAUGUAAUUGCAUUGCACACGGUUGGUAAAUUUAAAUAUUGCGUGUACUGUGUACGUUAUGAUAUAUAUAAAUAUAUAAAUAAUAUAAAUAUGAAUAUAAAUAAAUAAAUAAUUGUAACAAAUGAUAAUGAUACGACGGAAUGAUUGGUCGCGAUCAUAGAGCUCUACCAAAAAUCUUUACGAAUAAAUUGCGGUCCAUUUAAUGAAACCCGCAACUUAAAAUAUUUUUAAUUGACGUCCGCGAUACUUGUGUUUUAUUUUUUUUCGCGAUUUAACGUCAAUUAGGUUAAUUAUUAUUAAAUAAAAGUUAACGGUUAAUAUUUAUAAACGUGGGCUACUCCCUUGAGCUUUCAGUUUUAAAACAUUCCCUUAAUCCAAUCGGACAGGGUACAAUUUGUAUUUUAAAUAAAAAUAUUUAUAUAUGUAAAAAAAAAAA